UGGAAGUUGGGCACGGUGAGGCAACCUAGAAUCUAGAUGGAAAACGCCACAAAAAAAGGGCAUGGCGAGUGGUGGGGGAGAGAAUUUAAUAGGAGUAACUUUUUUUUUUUAUUUUGUUUUCUUUUUGAGUGUUUGAGCAGCCUUAUUCAGGGCCUUACUUAACGGCAAAAACUACCCAACUGGAAUCCUGUAAAACCUGAAAUCACGAAGAAUGGCGACCCCACAUUGUUAGUUUAAUCACGCCAUUGAGCAAGGCUUUAACCCCUUUAUAAAGACCCCUCUCUUCUUUUCAUUUUUCUCAAGCUCAAACCUCCAUUUUUCUACUGUCUGAACAAUACAAGUGGAAAGGAAAAUGGCUAUCCCUUCACUUUCACUUCUCUUCUUCUUGACCUCUCUUCUAAUCCCAGCUCUCAUCUCCUCUUCCCCAGUUCAGGACCCAGAACUUGUAGUGCAAGAUGUGCACAGGGCCAUCAAUGCGUCUAGGAGGAACCUUGGUUAUCUCUCUUGCGGAACCGGCAACCCGAUUGAUGACUGCUGGCGGUGUGACCCCAACUGGGAGAAGAACCGGCAGAGGCUAGCUGACUGUGGAAUUGGGUUUGGCAAGAAUGCCAUUGGUGGAAGAGAUGGUAAGAUUUAUGUUGUCACUGAUUCUGGUGAUGAUGAUCCUGUUAACCCCAAGCCAGGAACUCUAAGGCAUGCUGUGAUUCAAGAUGAACCAUUGUGGAUCAUUUUCGCUCGUGACAUGACCAUUCAAUUGAAGGAAGAACUCAUCAUGAAUUCUUUCAAGACAAUCGAUGGCAGGGGUGCUAGUGUUCACAUUGCUGGGGGUCCGUGCAUUACCAUACAGUUUGUGACCAACAUUAUUAUUCAUGGACUGAACCUUCAUGACUGCAAACAAGGAGGGAAUGCUAUGGUGAGGGACUCCCCACGGCACUAUGGUUGGAGGACCAUAUCAGACGGUGAUGGUGUAUCCAUCUUUGGUGGUAGCCACAUUUGGGUGGAUCAUAACUCAUUAUCAAACUGCAAGGACGGGCUAAUUGAUGCCAUUCAUGGGUCCACAGCAAUCACCAUUUCAAACAACUACAUGACUCACCAUGAUAAAGUCAUGCUAUUGGGGCACAGCGAUUCCUAUACUCAAGACAAGAACAUGCAAAUCACCAUUGCCUUUAAUCACUUUGGAGAAGGGCUUGUCCAAAGAAUGCCAAGAUGUAGACAUGGGUAUUUCCACGUGGUGAACAAUGACUACACCCAUUGGGAAAUGUAUGCCAUUGGAGGAAGUGGUAACCCAACCAUCAACAGCCAAGGGAACAGAUUUACUGCUCCUGAUGACAGAUUCAGCAAAGAGGUGACCAAGCAUGAAGACGCACCCGAGAGUGAAUGGAGGAACUGGAAUUGGAGAUCAGAAGGCGACAUGAUGGUGAACGGUGCGUUUUUCACACCGUCGGGCGCGGGUGCCUCCUCCAGCUAUGCCAAGGCUUCUAGCUUGGGUGCUAGGCCAUCUUCACUUGUCGCUACGAUAACGACUAAUGCUGGUGCACUUAAUUGCAAGAAAGGCUCUCGUUGCUGAUGGAGAGAGACACAUGAUCGAACACGACACUUUGUUACAAGUGAUUUAAGUGGUGUUCGAGGGCAAUUACAUUUACCAUAUUUUUCUACUUUUUUUUUUUUGUUUUUUCUACUCUGAUGAUUACAACCUCGGCCUGUUCCUCUAAGAACA